GCAUCAGCUCUUUGCUUUGAGACCCAAAGGAAGGGAAGGAUGGAGAAUCCUGCUGCUGCUGCUGCUGCUUGUGCCACCCUCAGCUGGAGAAUGAGGAAGAGUCAGUGAUGAAGAGGCAGAGUGGAGGAGGCCAAACAGCCCCCGACUUGCUCCACGCUGCCUCCUGGCAGGCAAGUGACAGCAUCGCCACACUCUGGGAAGAAUAGAGAGCGGUGCCCAGAGGGCAAAGCCAGCAAACCGAUGUGUGCCCCCUCAGAUGUGAAGCAGUGUCAAGAUUGCCCGGAAGGAAUCACCUCUGCUGACUGGAAGAACUGCAGGCACAACCAACCACCACAAACCAGCGCUUAGUAACAAGCCUUCUAAUAUGAGAACAUCAUGAUGCCACGGAAGAAGGCGAGUGGAGCUGAAGGACGGAAGAGGCGGAGGUUGGAGGCAGAGGAAGCCAAGAGGUCGAGCAGGUUCUUCGUGCCCUUCUUUACAAGGGCCAGAACAAGUAGCUCCACACCACCUUCCACAGAGUCACCAGCACCUGCUCCAGUGUUUUCGGAAUCCGAAGGUGGAUCAAGUGCACAUCCGCCACAAGUGGAGGAGGAAGUCCAGUCAGAUGAAGGUGGAUCAAGCGCACAUCCGCCACAAGUGGAGGAGGAAGUCCAGUCAGAUGAAGAAGCUGCCACAGAUUGUGUGGACAUGACAGGAGGGGAAGCCGGUGGUGAUGUUGAGUCUACUGAUGAGAGUGAGACUGAACCCAAGGAGGAGGAGGACACUAUGUGCAGUGAACCGGAUGCUGACCAAGAGCCUCUAACUGUUAGGCCGGAAGUGAUUGAGCGGCAUGACAUCGGACUUCUGCAGUUUGACCAGGAUACUGGAAGACCGACACGCCGAGAACAGAAAUGAUAAAGCUGGGUGCAAAGUAUUUCCAGAACUCUGAGGGGCCUUUCCUACCAACUAAAAACCGUGCAAUGAACAAGACUUGGUUCAGGAAGAGAUUGGGAAGUGGCCGUGGUGAGGAGGUGACUCGCAAAUGACUGGUCUAUUCCCCUUCUAAGAGGUCAGCAUUUUGCUUCUGCUGUCUUCUCUUUUCCCGAUCAGAGCAUCAGUCAACAUUGGAGCAGGAAAGUGGAUUCAGCCACUGGAAAGCACCUGAAAGGAUUCCUGUUCAUGAGAAUGCCAAGAAUCAUCGGGAGCGCUUCGCACAGUGGAAAGAAAUGGAAAGAAAUAUAGCUGGAAACAGAGGACUCAUUGAUGCGGAACUUCAGUCACAGAUUGAGAAGGAGAAGCAGAGGUGGCGCAAUAACCACCUGGAGGAGAUACUUCAAGUUCUUCAGGACAUGAGAGAUGAUGAAGAUGAGAACACUGAAAGCAGAAGUGAUGCAGGGCAACUGCGCAACCACUUGUUGACUUAUGGUUUUCUGACUCUACUAGGUUUUUGGAAUAAGAUCCUCAUUCAAAUUGACCGUGUUCAAAAGAGGCUGCAGGAUCCUAGCAUGAACUUCCACGAUGCUGCUGUGGAUUUGAAAGCCCUCCAGGAUCGUUUGGAUGGUGAGAGAGAAGUGCUGGUCAGUGAGGCACUCAACGUAGGACUUCGUCUCUGUCAAGAAUGGGAUGUCGACUUUGAAAGACAUCCGAGACGGAAAAAACCAAUGCCUGGUGAGAAAUCAAGAGACGCUGGGUUAACAGCUAGGGAGGAGAUGGAAAGAGUCAUGAAGGGAACACUCGACCGUCUUAACAAAGAACUGGACCAAAGGUUCACUCGCCUGCAUGACACUGAUGCCAAGUUUGGGUUCCUUCUCGAUAUCGAGGGACUGUGCUACAGUGCUGACAGAGAGAACCUAAAGAACUGUGAAAAUUUCUGCCAAAUGUACAGCACUGAUGUUGAUGUGGAGCUAUAUGAUGCGAAUUUGGACUGCAGAAUGUUGCUAGCAGCACAGACCGACAUGAGAGUAGCAGGACCGGAACAGCUUCUCAAAUUUAUAGUUCAAUAUGGAGAUGACGCCGCCUUCCCCAACUUCCGCAUUGCUAUACAGAUCAUGCUGACCAUUGCAGUUUCCGUUGCCAGCUGUGAAAGAUCAUUCAGCAAGUUAAAGCUGAUACUUUCCAGUCUGAGAGCUUCCAUGGGUCAAGGCAGACUCUGUGAUCUUGCUCUGCUGAGCAUAGAGAGAGAGGAAACAGACCAAACUAACUUUGAUGGCAUCAUAGACCAAUUUGCAUCUAUGAAAGCAAGGAGGGCCAAGUUAUGAUUUUCAGGCAUGUCAUAGUUUGCUAAUUAGAAAAUUAAUGAGUGUGGGUUGCAAUUUCUGCAUUUUUGGUUAUUUAUUGCAUUUUUGGUUAUUUAUUGCAUUUUUGGUUAUUUAUUGCAUUUUGAAAUUUUUGGUAAUUUUUGUAAUUUUUUAAAUUUUAAAAAUAAAAGUUUUCUGAAA